CCUCCUCCCCGGCAGUGAGCGCUGAGCUGAAGCCGCUCCUCCUGUUUCCGUGCUGCGGCGCUGCCCGAGACUUUACCGCAGUGAGAUCCGUCAUCCGUCCAUAACACGAACGCUCCGAGGGGGGCUGACUCUCACACCGACAGGCUUUGGUUGUUGACCCUGCUGGGGAAAAAAAACAACAACAACAAAACACAAGCCGAAACGAAAAACAACCCGGAUUCGGGGAAAUAAUAACAAUAAUACUAAUUUUAAGGAAAAUAAAUAAAUAACCGAAGACCAACCGCGCGACAAAAUGGGAAAUGAAGCAAGUUACCCGUUGGAGAUGUGCUCGCACUUCGACGCUGAUGAGAUUAAGAGACUAGGCAAGCGGUUUAAGAAACUCGACCUGGAUAACUCGGGAUCUCUGAGCGUGGAAGAGUUCAUGUCGUUGCCCGAGCUCCAGCAGAACCCGCUGGUCCAACGAGUCAUCGACAUAUUCGACACGGAUGGCAACGGCGAGGUGGACUUUAAAGAGUUCAUCGAGGGCGUGUCUCAGUUUAGCGUCAAAGGUGACAAGGAGCAGAAACUGCGCUUCGCGUUCCGGAUCUACGACAUGGACAAGGACGGCUACAUAUCCAACGGCGAGCUCUUCCAGGUGCUCAAGAUGAUGGUGGGCAACAAUCUGAAGGACACGCAGCUGCAGCAGAUCGUCGACAAGACCAUCAUCAACGCGGACAAGGACGGAGACGGCAGGAUAUCCUUCGAGGAGUUCUGUGCGGUGGUCGGCGGUUUAGACAUUCACAAAAAGAUGGUGGUGGAUGUGUGAACGGACGGACGACCCCCUUUCACCAAACUCCUCUCUCUCUCUCUCUCUCUCUCUCUCUCUCUCUUCCUCUUCCCCCUCUCGUUCUGUUCCUCUCUCCGAUUCUCUGCGUUCUCCUCCAUACCUGAGAAUCAGCUCGCAGUGUCCAGCUAUAAGCGCUCCUCUUCACUCUCGCUCCUCUUUCUACUUACACAGAAGUAUUUUGUUUUGUGACCACGCCCCCUCCCCUCCACUCCCCCUCCCCCUCCCCACACCUUUUUUUUUUUUUCUUCACGUCCAAUCAUCGGAAGUGCUAUCGAGCACGACGACGAUCUUUUUGUUUGUUUGUUUGUUUGUUUGUUUGUUUGUUUGUUUCCUAGCGACGUGUAGGAUAUAGCAGGAGAAACGGCUUUCGGACACUGGGCAAGCAUUUCAGUUUGGUGGAGAAUGGGGGAAAGUGUGUGUGCACGCGUGUGUGUGUGUGUGUGUGAGAGGUAUUGUUUGUUUCUUUUUCAUUUUUGAAGGGGGGACAUUUUUUAAAAAAAUAUUUAUUUCAGUCGUGUGUUUUUAUUCUUAAUGAGCACGUAGGUGUACAAGGAGUUCGUCCAGUCGCUUGAUACACAACACGACGUGUUAUUAUUUUUAUUUUUUUUUUUUUUUCAUCGCAGCGCGCAGAUAAGAGCAUGAAGUGCCAAUCAAAACCGAAUAUGCGUGAUUGUAUUCCGAACAGAAAUCCGAAUCGAUGUGAGCGGGAACGUAUGAAAGUCAUUCUCUGGCCAUCGGCUGUGCACGGAAUCCACGAACCGGUUUAAAACCAUCCCUCCCCCACUCCGUUUCUCCCCCACGCCCGCUCCAGAUAACACGCAACGAUAGGAAGCUGUAAGGUUUUGUAAUAGGACGAGCGUGUGUGUGUGUGAGAGAGAGAGCCCGUGCGUGCGUGUGUGUGUGAGCGAUGUUUAUAUUGUUACGGUAUUCAAAUAUGGUCCUUGCUUUUCCGAUAUCCACGGUAGGUUAAAAUAACGCAGAACGUCACACGUACACAGACGUGCGGUUUACUUUCACGGGAUAUUUAUCAUCUUUAACGUUUCUGAUAAAUCGAUAGCGAUUCCAACAUUUUUUUUUUUUGCCGUUAAAUCGUGAGACACACGAACACACACGGGCUGGAACGGUGCCACCUGCGUGCUUGUGAACGCUGUUGCGUAUUUUUCAUUCAUCGAUAAACGGAAGAAAACGAAGGUCGCGUCAGGCAUCGGAGAAGGCGCGGAGGUCCGGUGGGUCUCGCGUUUUCGAGAAACGGAACCGGGCGAGGUUUUGCGACGUGACUGCGGGCGGCGCCGCAACGCGAGCGUUUGUGUCCGCGUAUUCGAGCGGACGGACCGGGGUCGAGAGGUCCAGCCCGUUGGCGUCCCGUAUCGACCGCCGUGGCCGAGCCGAGCGAGUGCGAGUUCACGUUUCGUUCACUCGCGCCUGUUCGUUUCCAGCCACGUGAAGCCUCCGCUCGGACUUUCUCUUCAGCGGAAGAAGGAGAAACCCCGGCUGCGUUUCGAAACCACACGCUUGCAUACUAACCCGUGUGUUACACUAGUACACAGCGGCGCUCGUGUCGCGGUGUCGGAGGACCGUUUAGUGAUGGAGGACGGAUGUCGAGGUGCAGAGUUUGUACUUGUAGACAUUUUCAGCAGGAAGUUUUCAUUCUGGCCGAGUGUUUAAAAAAUAAAUAAAUAAAAAAAGGCUCAAAUCACACACCGUGACUACAAAACAAACAUACUUUCAGUCGGUUUGUACGUGGGACGCACUCAUCGAGAACGUCUGCGUGGUGCGUGCUUGUGUAUCAGACACGGUUCACUCACGCCGUUAGGCUCGUAACUCCGCCCCUCCAACGAAGGGGGCGGGACAAAGGAAAAAACCUUAACAACAAGAGGCUUCACAGACACGCAAACAGAUCGCAGAUGAAUUGAGUCAGGAAUCCAGGCUUUAUUCGUCUGGUUGUACUGAAGUCUGCUCAUCCGACGUGGUUUCCACUGCAUCAGGGGGCGUGGCCUCAGUCACCACACUGGACCUACCGGAUGGUAGCUAGUUAACCCGAAAGAGUUCCUGCGCUACGUGUCUGUUUGUUUGUUUUAAUCCGGUUAUGAAAACUGACACAUUUGUUUAGACCACAAGUAUGUGAUUUGAGACUUUUUUAAAGAUCCGUUUCGACAUUAUUAACUGCAGUCUGGAGUCACUAUGAUAAAUAGUCCAGAGCCUCCCAUGCUGGAAAAACAAACUGAGACGCGACCAUUCGAGUUACCAGGUUUCUGCAGAGCACUGGCAGGAAAUCCGUUAGCGUUAGCAUUAGCUCCGCUCAUCACUUUGUUUUUCUUCUUCUUUUUUUUAGUGAUUAUAGCCUGAGUCGCCUUCUAGAUAACCACCAGGAUGUGUGUGCUCUCCCCUCUCUCUCUCUCCCCUCUCUCUCUCCCCUCUCUCUCUCCCCUCUCUUUCUCUCCCCUCUCUCUCUCCCACACUCCUCUCUCUCUCCCACACUCCUCUCUCUCUCUCCCACACUCCUCUCUCUCUCCCACACUCCUCUCUCUCUCCCCUCUUUCUCUCUCUCUCUCCAACUCUCCUCUCUCCCCCCUCUCUCUCUCUCCCCUAUCUCUCUCUCUCUCUCCCUCUCUCCUCUCUCCCCCCUCUCUCUCUCUCCCCUCUCUCUCUCUCUCUCCCACACUCCCCUCUCUUUUUCUCUCUCCCUCUCUCCAACACUCCUCUCUCUCCCCUCUCUCUCUCUCUCUCUCUCUCUCCCCCACACUCCUCUCUCUCCCCUCUCUCUCUCUCUCUCUCUCUCUCUCUCUCUCCCCCACACUCCUCUCUCUCCCCUCUCUCUCUCUCACCAACUCUCCUCUCUCUCUCUCCCACACUCCUCUCUCUCCCCUCUCUCUCUCUCUCUCUCUCUCUCUCUCCCACACUCCUCUCUCUCGCUCUCUCUAAUCUUUCUCUCGCUCUCUCACAUGCACGUCUGCUGGUUGUUUUUUUGUUGUUGUCGUUUGUUUGUUUUCUUUUUUCUAAACCACGCGCUGCACGACCUGCGUUUUCCCCAAAAUAAAAAGACCCUUAAGGGUCUGGUGAUGUGCUUUGCAUGAAACGGGCGGGUGUCUUUCUUUUCUCCGUGCAUGUAGGUCCGACUUUUUGGGGGGG